GGAAAUUUUACAUUAAACGCGUGCUUAGGCUUGCACUCGACAGCGAGCAACAAGCAACUCAUCUAUGCCAACAGCGAUGCUAAUAAUGGCCAUGAAUAUUUAGAUAUUCCGCACCAACCAUAGUUUCUGCGUCCACAGAGCUAGAAGCACGUCCAAAGGAAUGCUCAUUGUCAUACUGAUACAUGCCUUAAGGGUCUUGUCGUAGACACAGUUUAAAAGAGAAAGAAUGCAAUACCUCUCCAAGAUCAAGAAGACAGAACACACCGUCUACAACAACAGAAACAAGAUCUGCCAUGAUUCACCGCUCCGUUACUGUGCAAAAGCUCGUAACUCUAAACGCGCAAUUAAGCAACGCUAAUAACAUUAGUAAUAAUAAUAAAAGCAACAGCGGCAGCAAUAGUGGCAGCAGUGGCCACAAAUUGGCCCUUGCACAAUUGUGGUCGCAAUGCGCAUCCCCUGUGUCUCAUACAUCUUCGCUUGCUGCGACAUACAUUGUUGACUUGACGCUGAAACGCUCACUUGAUUGGAACGAUGCUUUUGAAGGAUUCGAGAAUGCAUUGGCCACAGCUCAAGGACAGGCCCUUUCUAAUAUUGUACACGCGAUAAGCAGACUUUGUAUUGCUGCUGCCGAAGCUUUCUCAGUGGAUAUUGCCAAUACCAUUUCAUUAUCGUCGCCACCGUUGUCAUCAACAUCUCUGAAUAUCAGCAAGAAUGUUUUUGCCAUCAAGAAUAAUCGGCACCCAUUUAUUGCAUUAAUCACCACAAAGACCAAUGUUGAGGCUAUUCUGUUUGCUGAGAUGGACAAGAUCAUGGAUUACAAGUCAGAUUCGACUUCAUAUCGCAUCGCCGCUCUUGAGAUCUUAUCACCGUUUCUAGACUUCGUUUUGCUGGAUCGAGAGUGUAGGGCAUCCAUGGUCGCCAGCACUGCGAUUUUAUGGAUUUCUAAAACAUUGAACGCAUGUCUACUCGAUCAUGAGUUGGAACUGUUCAUUGUCAAACUUUUCGAUUACCUCUGCUCUAUCCCAAGUCGUUUUCCUCUGGACCGAUUUCAGCUGAGCACAGGAUUACAGACCAUCAUUAGCAUUUUGGUUGAUUUUUACAGCCUUCCUUCAGCACAAUUAUCACUCUCUGAUGAAUAUAAAUCAGUCUUAGGAAGUCAGCUCUUAUUGACCAUUCUAUCAUGGACAGCUGAUUUGAGACGAUUUGGGUUGCCUACGCUUCAAUUGUUACAGACAGCUCAGAAGCUUUUUAAAAACAGGAAAGGAUAUCAUGCCCCAACUCUUCCCUUUGAUGUAAUUUGGCCUUUACUCUCGUUUUUGUUGAUGAACUCACCUACAGUAGAUGAACAAACAAUUGUCGUGGACUGGAUGCAUGUUGUUAUAACAACAACGGAGAAUCAUCAGACAAAGGCUGUAAUCGCCAGCAUGGCAUUCUUAUCCAUUUUCCAAGUCAUGAGCGAGUCACAGAUUGAGGGUGUCAUCAAGAAAUGCUCCGAUAUCCUGCAAAGACUGGAGACCAUUCCCAGAACAACAGUAUCUGAUGAGGAAGUUCAGGGUCACUACCCUCCCUCAUCUUCCUCAUCUACUUCUACGCCAUUAUCGCAGAUAACCUCUGGUGUUGCAGCCAUGAUACAAGCUGAAGUCGCCCAUCUUUGUCGGAUAUGGGAACUAGGGAAGGAGCAACAGGAUGAACCAUUCCAACUCACGCUGAAAGAUGACAGUACACUAUCUAGCCUAGUCUUUACCAGCUUCAUGUUUCAUCCGAACGAAAAUGUACGAACCCUUGCUGCAGCACAACAGGCUCAAAUGGGAGAAGGGCGGUUGGUGACACUGGUUUUAUUCAUUUAUGUACUGCGAGUAGAUCCUUCACCUUUGGUCAAGCUGUAUUUAUUACAAGAAGCAAUUCCUUCUCUCGUUACUUCUAAAGACGAGGUAGUGACUGCGAAGGUUCUUCGAACCAUUUUGACGCUUAUCAAUGGUGUCCCUAAUGCGCCAACGGGGUCAAAGUUUGUGCACUCACAUAUGGGAGCAGUCGGUAUCAGGAUCUUGUUUCUGAUCUGGAAAAGGCAACCACGUAUUUGGAAGACAUUGCGUCAUGUUAUCCACGGCUGGGUCGAGAGUCGGUCACGGCUUCUCAAGACUCCGUUCAAGGGUGAGCCUGAAUAUGACAUGGAGGUUGCUGUCCUCACUACGAUCAGAGACAUUUGCGCUUAUGAUGCGGCAGGCUAUGCUGAGGUACUGAUCCCAUUCUUGGCAACUCUACUUGGCUCUGUAGAGCUAUAUGCAUCCUCAAUUUGCACUAUCAUUGAAACCAUGAAUCUGACAGUAGAGGCCAACGUAGUUGAACCCCGAGCAGCAUGGAACGUCUUACUGUGUCAUGUGGCGGAACAUGCUAUGAAAACCCAGCAUGUAGCAAUACUCCAGGAGAUGUGUGUGUUUUAUGGUAUUGUGGGCUCUAGAAAUGAAGAUACUCAAGUCUGUCUUGAUCUUCGCGAAGCCGUUCUUGUCAACUAUAUCCAGCCGCUUUUGAGUUCUGAAAGCCCCAAGGUCUUAGCAUCAGCACUGAGAGCGCUUUCUUGCUUCACAGCAUCUGAGAUCAUGCCUAUUCUUCUUCCUGAAGGGCCACCGAUCCUUUACAUUCGUGAACGAAUCCUUGAGGUCGCUCAGAACUCAAUGGUUGUGGACGAGUAUUCGUUGGUCCUUGACAAGUUGGUCCGCCAUGAGCUCUCACACAUGAGACGAAGUCUCUUCAAGGAUGCAGCGUUCAAAAAGUCAACACCUGAUAAUGUUUCUGCAGGCGCUCAGGAGCUGGAGAGGCUGCAGGGGGUUAUGGAGAUUGUAUCAAGCAGUAUUUUGCAGAAAUGGCAAUCCGGGAAUGUCAAUCCUGGCCUUCGAAUCGGAUAUGCGCUUUCAGGCCUGCUAUGCUCAUCUGCGGUAACUACCGCGGAUAGCGCUUCCACAGCCGGGGACAAUGGAGUGGGUGGUGUUGAAUCUAUGGAGACGAUUCGAACCCGACAAAGCUACAGAAAUGUAAUGACAGCAUUGACAGACGUGACUCUCACAGACCACUUGAUAGAACGUAUUUCAGCGCUAGAAGGGUGGACUGCCUUGUUCGAUAACAUGUGGAUUCCAAGCGAUGAUACACAGACAUUGAUAAUCGCAGAGACGCUUAUUUUGGACUUGUACAAGAAAAUCAUGGACGGCUAUGUACCUGCGCAUUGUGCUAAUGCUGUAUUUGCCAUCACAGGCAUCAUUUUAUCCCUCCAUCGCCACUCUCAUCCUGCUUCGUCAGUCCAAAGCUCCACGCUGGCCAAGUAUCUGCUACAGAAUUUUGUCCGCUCAGAGACGCUAACAGAUGUUAGUGCAAGCGACGAAGUCCAGUUCGCAGUCCUGGUCUCAUUGAGCUUUAUCACACCUUUAGCAGCAGUUGAUGAGAAACUGGUUUCUUCUGUCCUUGAUGUAUUUUAUGAUCGCCUUCAAAUGAAUACUACCCAUACAAACACUUCAAGUGAAUUGUCGAGCUGGGCUACAUUUGCAAUCGGGUGGGCGUUCUGCAAUGUACUAGCAGGAUUAGUGAACUCACCAACAAAGACUGCAGAGUUGAAUAAGAUCUGUCUCGAGCAGCUUCAGCUACUCUUACACGUAUAUGAGGCCAGCACAGGCUCUUUUGAAUUAAUAUUAGGUAUUCUCAUCGCGUUUCCACGCCUGUCAGUAGCCAUCGCAGCAUCAUCUUCACCAACACGCAAAAGUGGAGACACAACAGCAAGUUGCUCAAAUGAAGAAACGGAAAUUGUGCAGAAAAUAAAGAUCAUGGCCCGGUGCGACCUAGAGGUAUUUUUGGAGAACCAACAACAAGGGUUUUCUGCACAGCUAUUAGCCAGGCUGCUAGGCGCGCCUUGGGUAAUUGCAUUCUCUGAUAGGGCAGAGGCAUCACAAGAUGACAUCAAAUCAGAUACAGGGUUGUUAGAUCGUACGCUCUUGGCAGCUACUUCGCGAAGAGACCUUCAGCCGCAGCUUGUCCAUUUCACAGUGCCAUUCUGCCAUAUGAUCCACACAAAUCUCGAUGUCCGCAACCCGGCUUCGCAUGAGAUAUCGCUCUUCACAGGGAGAGUUCAUUCGCUCGUUAAUCUUAUCCGGAUUACCCCUACUUCUGCAGCCAGACACACUGCCGUUGUGGCUCUUGCAUCACUAUUCGGUGUAGAUUGGUGUAGAGGGCCAACUGUCAUGUCCAUGGGCAGUAAUGGUCUGUUUUCCUAUUUUACAUCUUCUAAUAAUCCUGUGGCAAUGACAUCUGUUUCCAAUUCGGCACUUACAACACUGAUGGAGUUGAGCGGACUUUCUAUUUCUAUCACUACUGAUGUCUCUAAAGAGACUACAGGAGUGGGGACAUUAUCUAAUGCUUAUGCGAUGGCUAUUCCAGCAUCCAAGGCUCCAUCUGCAAAGUCUGCACUUAUGGUUCAGGAUUUGAAGGCUGGCCGACUGGCAGCUAUGGUUCUUGGUCAUAUCGCCUGUCAUUUUCAUCGACUUGGACAAGCAGAUGUAGGCAAGGUUAUUGGUACUAGUAGUGAACCCAAAGAUUAUUCACGAUUGCCGACCUCAACUUCAUGGCUCCGUGCGCUCUGGGAUGGAAUGUGGGAGCCUUUACAGAUGGGAACUGUACAGAGGUCUAGGAAAUCUUACCGAACAGCGUUGGAGGUAAUGCUUUAUACAGUCUACAAUCUUCCAGCUCCUUUACCUGCCGUGAACUGGUUCCCGCUCUUAACACAGCUGGUGGCAUUGGAGCCCCGACUAAUCAUUCCAGCGAUCCAUAUGGCUUCCAGGCACGCUAAUACUUCGACAUCGCUGAUGGAAUUCCUAAUCAUGCAAUUGUCAGGAUUCAAAAUUGGAGAUGUUGUUAGCUCUUCCAAAGAGACUAAGGAACCUAAGGAAGGACGGGAGGAGGAAGAGGGACACGGCGUUGAGGAGCUCUAUGUUGGCGAGGAAGGACUUGGAAGAAUAUUGGCUUUGGGUGGUUUGCCCUUGGUUGUGUUCGGAGGUGGUGAUCAGGUUCUUGUGGAAUUGGAUAAAGUCCGUGGAUUAGGCGGGAUUGCUAAGAAGGUGUCGUUGCCAAGCUCACGCGUCAUUGACGUGAUGGAGAAACUGAGCAACGAGCUUUUUUUCGCUGUAGGAAAUUGUAGUGAUGUUAAUGUUACAGAAAGGGCGUCGGAAAGACAGGAUCCACAGAAAGAGGUACUGCAAUUAUUAUUUUUGGACACAUUGAGUAACCAUAUUCGACCUUAUCGCCAGGGCCAAGGCUGUUCAGCUGCGGCCGGCAAAAGUUCUGGUGGCGAUGGCAUAAGUGCUGUUGGCACAGCUGUUGCUGCAGCCUCAGCAACGCAGAACAAGGCGAUCAACAACCAAAAUACACUCACUGAGGACGCGAAAGAGCUCUUGAGUGAGCUACGAGCUGUGAUAUUGCGUGUAUUUUAUCGAGUUUCUUUCAACAACUUUCUGACAGCACAGCGUGUAUUGAGGCGGUUAGCAGACCUAUCCUUGACCUCGUUGUCACAUCUGGAUGCCGCUCAGUUAGAUACUUCCUUAGAUGCAACGACUGGAGACAGAGGCUCACGCGUUCUUAAGGAGGCCAUUGGCAUUUCAUCCCUUUACCGUGCAGGCUAUUUAACAUCACAGCAGGAAGCAAGGUUAAUCCGGACUGCUCAAUCUGCAUUACUGAUCGUGAGCGAUACUUCCCUUGGGAUUCAAAACAGGAAGUUUGCAGAAUCCGCCAUCUCUGUACUUCUCUACGCCAUGAACUCUGGUGUCGCAGAGCGACGACCACCAUCAUCUUUGAGUAUGCGGCGAAAGAAGAGGAACGCUCAACGUUUUACUUGGUUACAAAGAAUCUUGGAUCUUCUAGUUUUGUUUUCAAACCAAUACGAAGCGUUUUCAAAGGGCGUGACACUCUUGCUGGGUGGUGCGGUACUUUUGUGGUGGGAUGAGAAGGAUAUUGUUUCAGGUUUCAGUCUGGUAGAUCUAAGAUCUGAAGGAUUAGGUGGAUCCUCUUUACAGACUCUCGACAACAUUGAUGAUACAGAGGUCGGUUUACUCGCUAAUGUCGAUGAGCAUGACUUGGAACACGGAGACGAUGCUUCCGAGAAUAAUGCUACUGCUGGAAUGGAUCACAAUAGCCUUGAAGAUGAUGAAUUUGAGUUGUGGCAUCAACAGUUCGUACAGGGUAUCUCAGUAGAUGCUUUGACUAGCGAAGGAGCUCAAGAGCAAUAUCACCAUCAUCAAAAAAUGAAUGAGGACGGUCAUCAACGAAACAUUAUGGGUCGGGUAUCUUUGAUUCUACCAGAUAUCAUCAUGAACAUUCGGGGCAGAACUGCAUCACCAACUUCCAGCGAUGGCCAAACUGCUAGCAGGUUGCUUCGAAUGGCGCUGGACACACAGAUUAAUCCAACAGAGCGGCAGUUCCUGAUAGGAUUAUUGAGACGCAUAGAGGAUUUAGUCCCCAUUGGACAGACCUGGAUUUUGAAGUGAAUAUGUUGUUAGAUUGAAACAAUAGAGCAAUAUGCAAAC